GUAAAACGAUAUCGGAGCAGCGCCUAUGAGUUGUCCUCACCGUCACGGCCGGCGCCCCUUCCAGGAUUCAUUGAUUAUUUUUUCCCCUCAUUCACGAGGGUAGUGAGGCCUGGUUGAAAGCCAUGGAAAGCUCUCUCCCUGCCGCUGGCUUCUUGUACUGGGUGGGCGCCGGCACGGUGGCCUACCUGGCCCUUCGCAUCUUGUACUCACUCUUCACAGCCCUUCAGGUCUGGGGUUUGGGUCACGAGCUUGGGGUCGGACCAGGGCUCGGUGAAUGGGCAGUUGUCACAGGUAGUACUGAUGGAAUUGGAAAAUCAUAUGCAGAAGAGUUAGCAAAGUGUGGAAUGAAGAUUGUCCUCAUCAGCAGGUCGCAGGAUAAACUGAACCAGGUUUCCAGUGAAAUAAGAGAAAAAUUCAAAGUGGAGACGAGGACCAUUUCUGCUGACUUCACAUCAGAAGAUGUUUAUGAUAAAAUUAAAGCAAACUUGGCAGGUCUUAAAAUUGGUGUUUUAGUGAACAACGUGGGAAUAUCAUAUGAGUAUCCUGAAUACUUUUUGGAAGUUCCUGACUUGGACAAUAUCAUCAAGAAACUGAUAACUGUUAAUAUUCUCUCUGUUUGUAAGAUGACAAGAUUGGUGCUGCCCGGCAUGGUAGAAAGAUCUAAAGGGGUGAUUCUGAACCUCUCCUCUGUGAGUGGCAUGCGUCCGGUUCCACUGAUAACCAUCUACUCUGCAUCCAAGGCUUUUGUCGACUUCUUCUCUCAGUGCAUCCAUGAGGAAUAUAAGAGUAAGGGCAUCUUCGUGCAGAGUGUCCUGCCUUACUUUGUGGCUACAAAAUUGGCUAAAAUCCAAAGGGCGAGUUUGAUGGUACCCUUUCCAGAGACAUUUGUGAAGUCGGCGCUGAAAACAGUGGGGUUGAAAUCCCGAACCAAUGGAUCCCUGAUGCAUUGUCUUGUGGGCUCAGUCUUGUCAACCCUGCCUUCUUGGUUAUAUUGGAAAAUAGUGCUGAGUGCUAACCUGUCCAUACGGGCUCGCUAUCUGAGGAAAGCCAAGAAGAACUAAGCAUUGACAACAGCAUCAAGUAACUUGGCCGUAUGCUCCAGCUCAUGCCCGCCAUUGCAGGUCACCCACCCAGCUCCAAAACCCCCAGUUGUCAUUUUAAUAGUUACUAAUAAAGCUAAAUGUGGUCAUAAUCGGGGAAAAAAGCACGUGUUCCUGAUAUGUAUUCUGGUUGCUACCAGCAGUUAUUUUGUAGGGUAAUGUAAAUGCUCAUAUCAGUUGGAUAUAGAACUAAUAUUAACAAGAACAACUUAAUAGGAAGGAACACAAUCAUAGCAAAUCACAGAAUGAUCGAGUUGGGCAUAAUGCCCAACAGUUUCAUCUGACCCAAAAUGCCAAUGAUGAUUCUUGUAUUUUCUCUGAAAUAAACUUCUAAAGUCAUGGCCAGCUACGCAUUCUUGUUUUUAACAAUUUGAGAGACCAGAGAUUAAUGGAUUAAUUUAUGGGAGGACAUACAGCCAUUUGCAUAGUUCUUUGUAAGCUUUUCUAAAGGCCUGUCCUAGUUGGUAUGUUUAUAUGGAACUUUUUUUUACCCGAAGUAGCUAAUGACAUAAAAAUAAUUCACGAAAUUUGGAGAUUUUCUUACACAUGAAGCCCAUGAAAAUAUACUUUUGUCUAAUAUAUUUUUGUUCUCAGUUUAAAUGUAUGUAAUUACGAAAUGCUAUAGGAUAUGAUUUACAAAGGUAUACGGGCCAAAAUGUACAUUGAGCCUGGCAGCCACAUGGGGUAUCGCUAAAACCCUGACCCAGGAAAGCGGCAUGCAUGGACCAGCUGCUUUGGUUUCUACACUGCAAUAACACUGCUUACCUGUGGGACAAGAGGCUACUCCUAGAGCAGUGAUUUCAGAGAAGUGGCGUUACAUUUUUAAAAUGGUGGCCUAUAGAUAAUUGAUAUAAUUCAUUUUAAUGAAAGACGAUAUGACCAUGGCAUUGAGGGAAAAUAUAUUUCUUUCGUGGUUGAAAUGAGGGCCAUUUUUACACUGGUUUAAUAUAAAUUAAGGCUUACUUUUAUUCUGCUACAUACUUGUUUGGGAAGAUUGCCAGGCAAUAACCCAUAUUGUGAAAUGUGCAACCGAAAAGGGGGAUCUUUCCCUAGGCUGUGGUUCCAAGGCUCUGAGUUUUAAGCACAAGCAAAUUAGGAAAAAAAAAAAUUUUUUUAUUGGGGUAUUUAAGUGUUUCUAGCUUUAACUUUUGUCAGCUCAGGGCAUAAAAACAGAAAACCAAACUACCCUCAUUAUAUAAAAGGCAUUUUGGCAUACAAAAAGUAGGAAGAACAUACUCUCAGAAUAAGAAAUAGUCAUUUAAGUGUAGUAAAUUGCUUGAUGAGAAACAUUGCCUUCUUCUCUCUGUCAUUUUAUUGAAUCCACAACGACCUGGGCAGUAUUUCAUUUGCUUUCACACACUGUUGGUUGGCUGGCUGGCUGAUGAUUGUGGUGGUGGUUAUUGGUAGGAAGUUGGCAGAGAGGGGGAGGGAUUGGCUUACAAGUAUACAGAAGACUUUUCCUUUCAUCCCAGUUUGAAAAGUUCUAUUCUGGCUAGGAAAUCCCUUAGCAAUCUUAAAACUUCUGAGCUAUGGCUUUGACUGCUUCAACUUAGCAAAUAUCAUUGUGUAUUUGACACUCAGUGUUGAAGAUGAUGAAAUGAAAAUCCAUGUUUCCAGGCACAUGGAAGAAAAAUUGUACUAAAAGAGCAACCGAUAUUCUCAAAACCUUCAACAUAGUGAAACAUAAUUUUUUAGACUUAAUUCUGUAUUGACUUAAUUGUCUGAAAUGUGCUAGAUAAGAUUUGAACCCAAAAAUCAUAGAGUAGAAGAUAGUAUCGAUUAUUGAUGUAGAAUCAGCUCACCUCACGACACAGAAAGCAUAUUUUAAUAUGUUGUUCUUUCAUUGCCCUUUCAGUGAAACAGCUUGGGGGGAACAUGGGAGGAAUUAUCCUGCUCACAUGACGACGUGUGCUGUUCUUAUUUGUCAUUGUGUCAGUCUCACAUACACUGGGGAUAGAUAGAUAAAUAAAUAAGUGCUAAUGGGGAUAUUGUUGGUCUCCAUUUCUUCAGAAGUGGUCCUGUCCUCAAGAAACGAAUUCUGAUUUCUAAUUUGAUAUUUAUUGCAUCAAAAUACAGUAGAACUGAACUUUAUAUGUAAUGAACAACAAUGCCAAUACCAGUACAAAUGGUGCUGAUUCAAUGUGGAAGAAAAGAUUUAUUGUGAUAAUAUCUUAUGAGAAUAAAAUGGGCUUAAGUAGUAUUGUAAGUUCCUUGGUCUACUGACAUAAAAAAUUACCUGAGAUUUAGAUGCUAGUAGAGUCUGCUAUUCUGCUGCAUAGUUUACCAGUGUCAAAACAAAUUGUCAAAGCUUUUUAUUGAAUAUGUUGGAAAUAAAGUUAAUUUUUAAAAAU